AGUGACACCUCAACUUCCGCACACACGCGCGCUCUGCUACUGCCUACUGCCAUGGUGGUGCCAUGCAUAUGCCACCUCUGAGCUCGUCGUCUUCUAUAAGUAGCUGGGCCAAGCUCUGGUUGCCCAGCACCGCCUCAGCAAGCUCAUCCUACAACUGAAUUUCAGCCACACAUACUACCAGUCAGUUGGUCACCCUCUUACUGAUGGAGUUGGUGCUGCCGCCAUGGGCGUCCUUCGUCGGCGUCGUGCUCGCCACCGUGCUGCUCCUGAAAGCGGUGUUCGGCCGUGGCCGCCGCGUGUACAACCUCCCGCCGGGGCCUAAGCCAUGGCCAGUCAUCGGCAACCUCAACCUGGUGGGCACGCUCCCGCACCGUUCCAUCCACGAGCUCUCCAAGCGCUACGGCCCGAUCAUGUCGCUCCGGUUCGGGUCCUUCCCCGUCGUCGUCGGCUCGUCGGUCGAGAUGGCCAAGUUCUUCCUCAAGACGCACGACGUGGUGUUCACCGACCGGCCCAAGACCGCCGCCGGCAAGUACACCACCUACAACUACAGCGACAUCACGUGGUCGUCCUACGGCGCGUACUGGCGCCAGGCGCGCAAGAUGUGCCUCACCGAGCUCUUCAGCGCCAAGCGGCUCGAGUCGUACGAGUACAUCCGCGCGGAGGAGGUGAGCGCGCUGCUGCGUGACCUGCACGGCGCGGCCGGCGGCGUCGUGAUGCUCAAGGACUACCUGUCGACGGUGAGCCUGAACGUGAUCACCCGCAUGGUGCUGGGCAAGAAGUACCUCGACAAGGAGACGACCGCGCAGAACGGGUCGGUGACGACGCCGGAGGAGUUCAAGUGGAUGCUCGACGAGCUGUUCCUUCUCAACGGCGUGCUCAACAUCGGUGACUCCAUCCCGUGGCUGGACUGGCUGGACCUGCAGGGUUACAUCAAGAGGAUGAAGAAGCUCAGCAAGAUGUUCGACCGUUUCCUGGAACACGUCGUGGACGAGCACAACGAGCGCCGCCGCCUCGAGGGGCAGAGCUUCGUGGCCAAGGACAUGGUGGACGUGCUGCUGCAGUUCGCCGACGAUCCCAACCUCGAGGUCAAGCUCAAGCGGGAAGGCGUCAAGGCAUUCACUCAGGACCUCAUCGCGGGUGGCACGGAGAGCUCUGCGGUCACUGUGGAGUGGGCCCUCUCGGAGCUACUGAAGAAGCCGGAGGUGUUCACCAGGGCCACCGAGGAGCUGGACCGUGUCAUCGGCCGUGACCGUUGGGUCACUGAGAAGGACAUCCCCAACCUCCCCUAUAUUGAUGCCAUUGUGAAGGAGACCAUGCGGAUGCAUCCGGUUGCACCAAUGCUGGUGCCCCGUCUGUCGCGUGAGGACACGUCUAUUGAUGGCUACGACAUCCCCGCUGGUACACGGGUGCUCGUUAGUGUGUGGUCCAUUGGCCGCGACCCAAAGCUAUGGGACGCACCGGAGGAGUUUAUGCCAGAGAGAUUCAUUGGCAAUAAGCUUGAUGUGAAGGGACAAGACUAUGAGUUGUUGCCUUUUGGGUCUGGUAGGCGAAUGUGCCCUGGCUAUAGUCUUGGGCUAAAGGUGAUUCAGGUAAGCCUUGCCAACUUGCUCCAUGGCUUUAAGUGGAGGCUGCCCGAUGGCAUGACAAGGAAGAACCUAAGUAUGGAGGAGAUAUUUGGUUUGUCGACACCGCGCAAGUUUCCCCUCGAGGCUAUUGUUGAGCCCAAGCUCUCGGCACACCUCUAUGCAACUGCUUGAUGACUUCAAUGUGUGUGCAUUAUGUCUAUGAGUAAUGUAGGUGCUUCUUCUAUUUUGGUCGAGUAUCCUAGGUACUUCUAGUUUGGUCCAUUAAGCUCGUUGUAUUGCUGGCAUUGUUACUUAUGCAUCAUGUGUUGCAUUUGUAGAGUUGAAUGUAAUAACAGCGGAAGUGUGGUUUAAUAAUAUGUUUGAUAAUAAGGUAUUAUGCAUUGUUGGAGUGUGUUGCA